AUGAAUCUUACUGUAAAAAAUGACUGUCUGUUGGAAAAGUACAGCUCGAUGAGUAAGUUACAACGCGUGGUCGCUUAUGUAAUUAGAUUUAUACAUAAUACUAGAACUAAAUCCCCACGUAAGGGCUCGUUCUUGGGCGUUAUAGAGCUGUCGGAAGCACAUGCUUUGAUUAUGAAGCUCACGCAAUUUUCAGCGUUUGGCAAAGAAAUAAACUGUUUAAAAAGAAAAGAUGGAAUUCCGGAAUCUGGCAAAUUAAUUCCCUUAACGCCAUAUCUUGACGAAGUUGGCAUUCUAAGAGUGGGUGGUCGGCUGAACCAUGCGUCAAUUCCUGAAGAUCAGCGCCAUCCAAUUUUAUUGCCCGCGCAGCAUCAUAUAACUCGACUUAUUAUACGCGAAGAGCAUGUACGUCUUUUGCAUGCCGGUCCGCAAGCCACUCUCUACUCCGUACGCCAAACCUAUUGGCCGCUAGAUGCUCGAAAUGUCACACGAAAGAUAAUACAUAGUUGCAUUUCAUGCUUUCGCGUAAAGCCGCGUUUAGCGGAUCAUAGCACCGGUUGCUUACCAAAAUAUCGCGUGUCUCACUCCCGCCCUUUUUUGCGCACGGGAGUCGAUUAUUGUGGUCCGUUGUUUAUAAAAGAAAAGCGAUUUCGAAAUCGCAAUAAGAUAAAGGUGUACGUGGCGAUUUAUGUAUGUCUAUCAACCAAAGCGGUUCAUUUAGAAUUAGUAUGUGACCUCACGACUGAGGCUUUCCUUGCAAGUCUCAAACGCCUGUUUGCCCGAAGAGGAAAGUCUACUGAAAUAUAUUCAGAUAAUGCCACAAAUUUUGUUGGUGCAAAUCGAGAAUUACAACAGCUUGUUAAUUCCGAAGAAUAUUCAUCGUCAUUAAAACAAUAUCUUGACAGUCAACACACCGCUUGGCAUUUCAUACUUCCCAGGGCUCCUCACUUUGGAGGACUUUGGGAGGCCACUGUGAAAUCAUUUAAGCAUCACCUAUUGCGCACCGUUGGUGACACCCUAUUAACAUACGAUCAACUAGAAACCUAUGUCAUUGAGAUCGAGGCGAUUCUAAAUUCCCGACCGCUGUCUCCUAUGUCCUCUGACCCACAUGAUCUCUUACCCUUAACACCUGGCUAUUUCCUCACGGGUGGUCCAUUGACGAGCUUUCCUCAGGUUGACUUCUCCGAUACGCCAUCCAAUCGAUUGUCAGCAUGGCAGCACGCUCAAAAGCUCAAGCAGCAUUUAUGGACUCGAUGGUAUAAGGAAUACCUGAACAAUCUCAUCGGACUUCGUCACCAAUCCAAAACCGACAAUCUACAAGUGGGAUCAUUAGUCCUGAUUCUGGAGGACAAUCUUCCUCCGCUUUCAUGGGCCUUGGGCCGCAUUAUCGCUACGCAUCCUGGAGAAGACGGCAUUGUACGUGUUGUCACCCUGAAGACGAAGAUCGGCGAAUAUAAACGUUGCACUAAAAAACUGUGCCCUUUACCUUUAGAUUAA